UUUCGCGAGGUCUAAUGCGGGAGUUGUGGCUCGGAGAAAAUAAUGUGAAGAUUUUUGUGUAGGACAUGCGCAGAUGUGGGAUGCCAUAUUGCAGAGAGAGAGAGAGAGAGAGAGAGAGAGAGAGAGAGAGAGAGAGAGAGAGCGCUUCAGUCGGCGGAGGAAAAAAAAGGGGGAAUCGCCGAAUUUCACAGGCUCCCGGAAACUUCAUUAAGGUCUCAAAUCACUGUGAACUGACAAAGUGUGAAACGGUCAUCAGGACUCUACAUCUCCAAGGCAACACCCUUCACAAGGAAGCCAUGAUGACAUCAGCAGGGAGGAGCACUCAGAGCCCGUCUAAUGGGAGAGCAGAACACAGUCACUCAGAUAUGGAGUGUGGAGAUGAAGAACUGGAGUUUAACUGGGAUGAGUAUCUGGAGGAAACAGGAGCCACAGCAGCUGCACACACCUCGUUCAAACAUGUGGAGCUGAGUCUGCAGAGCAGUUUCCAGGCUGGGAUGAAGUUGGAGGUGGCCGAUAGGAGUCGUGCUGACACAUACUGGGUUGCUACCGUCAUCACAACAUGUGGCCAGCUGCUGUUGCUGCGCUACUGUGGCUACGGCGACGAACGCAGCGCUGACUUCUGGUGUGACGUCAUGACUGCAGAGCUGCAUCCUGUGGGCUGGUGUGCACAGAACAACAAAUUGCUGCAGCCACCCGAAGAUAACGUUUACCUCAGAGCAGCUAUUAAAGAGAAGUACGGCGACUGGACUGAGUUUUUGGUGAAGGAGCUCACAGGCUCACGAACAGCACCGGCUAACCUGCUUGAAGGGCCUUUGAGGGGUAAGAACACAGUGGAUCUAAUUGUGCCAGGGUGUGUGUUAGAGCUCCGUGAUGCCAGCGAGCCGUUUGUGUACUGGGCAGUGCGAGUGCAGCGAAACGUCGGCGGGCGUCUUUGGCUCAGCUAUGUGGGACUGGAAGAGCCCGCCUACAACAUCUGGAUUUUCUACCUGGACAUCAGGCUUCGUCCAAUGGGCUGGGCCAAAGAGAACUGUCUCACAAUGGAACCACCAAAAGAAUUGUGUGACCUGAGGAGCUCUACAGAGUGGAGUGAGGCUUUAGAGAGAGCCAAGUCUGCAGCCCUGGAAAAACCCCUGCCUCUGGAGGUCUUUAAGGAUCAUGCCGAUUUGCGUAAACACUCAUUCAAAACGGGGAUGAAGCUGGAGAUGGUAUCACCACAAGAACCCUUCCAUAUCUGCCCUGUAUCUGUCACUAAAGUGUAUAAUGAGUACUACUUCCAGGUCACUGUAGACGACCUGAGCGGUGAAGCCCCGCCCUGCUCGGUGCUGUGUCACGCCGAUUCUCCAGGCAUCCUGCCAAUCCAGUGGUGCUUGAAGAACGGUGUUAGUCUGCAGAGGCCUAGGGGUUUUCAGUCUCAGGACUUUGACUGGGCAGACUAUCUGAAGCACACAGCUACUGAGGCUGCCCCAGAUGCGUGUUUCCCCAGUGCGUCACAGAGUCGGGGCUUCUGUAAAGAUACAUGGUUGGAAGCUGUAAAUCCACUUCAGCCAGCUGAAAUCAAUGUUGCACGCAUCACUCAGGUUAAAGGUCGGCUCCUCUGGCUACGAUAUGAAGGCCUGAGCAAACCCCUAGCUGAGUGUUUAGUGGAUGUUGAGAGUAUGGAUAUCUUUCCUGUGGGCUGGUGUGAAGCUAAUGCUUACCCUCUAACACCUUUACGCAAAGCAGUGUGUCAGUCUCAAAAGAAGAUUGCUGUGGUGCAGCCAGAGAAACAAUUGGUUCCUCCACCCAAAGAAACGGUCUCUCUGGACCACUGCCAGUCUGUUGCCUUGGACACAGUUUCUGUAAAUGGAAAGUACUGCUGCUCUCAGAUCUUUGUGAAUCAUCACUGUUUUUCUGGGCCAUACCUCAACAAGGGAAGAAUCGCUGAGUUACCACAAGCUGUGGGGCCUGGCAAGUGUACAUUGGUCCUUAAGGAGGUACUGACGAUGUUGAUAAACUCGGCCUAUAAGCCUAGCCGUGUCCUCAGAGAGCUUCAGCUGGUGGUUGAUCCACAGUGGAACUGUCUGGAGGAAACCCUGAAAGCCAAGUAUAAAGGGAAGAGUUAUCGCGCAAGUGUGAGGAUCGUAUGUUUGGCUGAGCAGGUGGCAGAUUUCUGCCGCAGAGUGUGUACGAGACUGCAGUGCUGUCCAAACCUGUUCGGCCCCACACUCAUCUCGGAGAAGUGUCCAGAGAACUGCUCCAUACACACCAAGACCAAGUACACACAUUACUAUGGAAAGAAGAGGAAAGUGGGCCGUCCCAGUCUGGGAGAGUGCACCCAGGAAGGCGACACGGCCAAACCGGCCCGCCGCAGAAAAAAGCGUAAAGCCGUCUUUGUUCAAAAGAAACGACGCUCUACUGUUACAGGAUACCACGCCAUGGAGUCAGCUCAGGACAGUGAUGAUUUCGAUGAUUUUGAUGAAGAGGAAGAGGAGGAGUCAUACAGUGGGGAGAGCUCCAGCAUGGAGCUGCGUGAAGAGGGUCCUCCGAGCUUCUCUACACGGCGAGGCCGACCCUGCAGGUCUCUCACCCUGCCUGGGACCAGAGCGAACACAGAGCAGCCGUCAUUACGGAGAUCCACACGCUCGCUCUCUUACACACACAACCAGACAGCCAAGCACACACACACAAAGACGACACAUACAGAAGAAGAAGAGAGCCGCUUGGUUCUAGAAAGAAAUCCUCUUGAGUGGAGCGUUUCAGAUGUAGUCAACUUCAUCAUGUCCACAGACUGUGCCUCACUAGCCAAGAUUUUCCAAGAGCAGGACAUCGAUGGCCAGGCCUUGUUGUUGCUGACCCUCCCCACUGUUCAGGAGUGUAUGGAUCUAAAACUCGGCCCUGCUAUUAAACUCUGUCACCAGAUCGAGCGUGUUAAAGUGGCCUUCUACUCCCAGUAUGCUAAUUAAGCCAACACAGAUUAACAUCUAUUUCUCUCAGCGGAUAAAUACGCUUGAUACACAGUGCUCAGGGGCUGAUAAAUAUGCUGCAAAGCUGAAAGCACAGUUCCUUCCUGAAGAACUUCUGUUGAACUUCUGCUGAAGAACUUCUGCAACCCCUCUGCUGUUUAUUAUGAAUGGAUUUUAUCUAAGGAUGAAACGGGACGUCAGGGUGAAUACCAGAUGACUGCUCUUGAAGAAAUCAGAAGUGACAGUACAGAUAUUCUGCGCGUUUGUUUGAGGUUACUGAAGCAGAUGUUUGGAAGGAUCAUUUCUGUUAUAGCAGUUUAAGGACAACAGGGUGUUUCUCAAUAACAAAUAUACGAUAACUCUCAAAGUUAGCUUAAUCUCUCCAGCUCGGCUCAAUUCGACAUGUGCUGCGUGUUUGCCUUUUAGCGCUACGGGCUUCUGACUUCCGAAGCAAUGAAAUAAAAGCUUGCUUAAAAGUCUGGGGUUAUACUUGACACAUGACUGCAUGUACUACUCAAGGAUCAGGUGCGGCGACUUGAUACGUAUUUAAAAAAGAAUUAACCAGAGGCAAUGAUAAAUCAAGUAAUAUUAAUAUGAAAUUAUUUUUAAAUAGAUUAUUAUCCCCCCAAAAAUGACAGACAACUGUGAAAAUAAUGAACAUUUUGAAGUGUAAAAAAAUUAAAUAGGCUAUUAAGGUGAUUCUGAUCAUCCAGAUAUCCUUUUUCGGUGUCAUCAUCAUGAAUUAACAGUAAAUCUGGAACAAAGUUGGUCACAUUUCGAUCAGUGGUAUUGUGAAAUAUUUAAUUGCUGCCUUUUUUUUUAAUCAUAUUGUAUCAUGUGCAAGCCUGAGGUUUACACCCCUAGAGGGAAUGCAGCUCAAAUACAAGGCACAUUUGAUAACAUACAACACCGGGGGUACAGGUUUUCGGUCCAGUAAACACCUGUUUAAUCAGUUGAUCUUAGCUGUGGCUUCGGUUUGGUUGGAAUAAAAACUUGCGCCUACACAUGCCCUUUCUGGAUAAGACUACACCCCUGCUCUAGGGACGUUCUGUACACUAGGGGGCAGGCCAAAGCCAAAGCAUACCUCACCAACCACUGACCACUUCCUCUUAAUAUGAACAACAAGAUUUAGACUAAAGAUGCCGCAAGAUGAGCAGUCUGUGAAUAGCAGCGUUAUUAGCUUGCUACGGCAGCUCAUAUACAAAAAUUAUAAUAAUUAAAGCAGCAUUAUAAUAGGUAAAAAAAUUAGGCUGUUAAUCCGAUCUAUCACACUGGUUCUGCACCGAAUGUGACGUGACAGGCCGUAAGAAUGCAGAGUAUGUGUACCAACCGUCUUAUGCACCUGUAACAGCUUGACGUUUCACAGAAGUUUAUUGCUACCUAGCUGAUCUUACUAAUCUGAGCCUUGUCUAGUCAUCACUGUAUUCCAAUAAAUUACAGCUCUUUCAGUUUAAUCUCAUUAGUCAUGUAUCUGAUGAAUCAUUGAUAUGUGGGAAGCACCCAGCUGUUUUAAAGAUUCUUGCAUACUUCAGGAGAGGAACUGAACUCUGGCAAUGGAGCAUGACGGACAGCGGUAUACAAGAACAAACAAGAACACAUAUUGAGAAACACCCAAUAUUCCCGUUAAAAACUGUGAUUCACCGCCACAUCUGUCUGCAUUUUCCUGUCAGAGACCAAAUGAUAUAUUUAUAAGUGUAUUUAGACUUGAAGAAUCAGUGUAUAAAAUGAAAUAAUAUAUUUGAGAUAUUUAUUUUGGCCUGAUGAACAGGUUUCAUGUUGGAUUUUUUUCUCUUGUUUCGUUGUUUUUUGUCUUUUUUUUUCUCCUUUUUUCACAAUUGGACAGUGCAAAUUGGUUCACUGUUCUUUGUAUCUACCACUUUGUAAAAAACAACAACAAAAAAACAAACAAAAACACUGGACACUGUAUGGAAAUAUCACCUAUGCAAAAACACGACUUUUCUUAUGGUCUUUUUUCUAUUUGCUGUAUGACACAAUGCUUCCCCUUGAGAAUUUUGUACAUAGGUUGUGUACUAAUUUUAUUACCUAACUAGAUUUUACUAUUUUAAUACACCAUUGCGAUGCACUGAAAAAAAAAAGGAGCUGGGAUUUUCCCUUUUGUAAUGUUUUAUUAUUAUUAUUAUUAUUAUUAUUAUUAUUAGCCAGAAACAGAAGGCGAAAUAAAAGGUCAACACAAGAACCACCAUAUAACAAGGACAAUGCAAUGGCAGAGAAAUCUAACCAAUAUCCUGUGACUCUUUACACAUCCCACUAAAAUGACAGUUGUUGAAUGAUGCUGUAAAUCACCCAUUGGCCAUAAAAUAGUGAAGAACUUUUCAGAGUCUUUUUUACUGUUUUUCUUUUCUUCAUCAGUGAAUUUGCAUGAUAAACAAUCAAAUGUGUUUUUUCUUAUAUACAGUCCCAAGUCCAAGUCAUUGGGUUUUUUUUUUUUUUUAUCCCUAUAGACUGAAGACAUUAUGGUUUGAGAUCAAAAGAUGAUUUUGAGAAGAAGGUUCGGCUUUUCUUUCCUGUUAUAUGUAGAUGGUUUGAACGGCAGCACAUUUUGUAUCAGACCACUCGAUUUUUAGACAAGCAAAAAUAUUGGAAAAUGUGACUGACAAGUGUUUCUUGUUAUCCAGGUGUGUCCUGUUUAAACAAUAAAUAGCUCUGAACAUCUCCUUCUGGUUUUUAGCUUUUAGUUUCACCUAGGAAGACUGCAUUUGAUGUUAAAAAAAGUCAUCAUAAAGUUCAGACAGCUGUCCGCGGGAGAAAAGCGAGCCAUUUAGAAAAAUAGAGGGAAAUCAACCAGAAGCAUUAGGCAUAGCCAAACAAGUAAACCUGGAAACAGACAUGGAAGAGGACAGCGCAGGAAAACAGCAGUUAAGGAUAGAAACAUUGUUGUGAGCUGUAAAGAAAACGCCAGAAACAACAGCCAGUGACAUCACCAACAACCUUCACUAGAGGUGACAGUAUCACAAUCCACCAUUCAAAGAAGACUUCUACCUCAGAAAUACAGAGACCAUACUGUAAACUAAUCAUCAGUGAGAAUCUACAGGCCAGAUUGGAAUUUACAUAGAAAUACAGAGCUUAGAUGUUCUGAAACCAAGAAUGAACUCUAGCAAAGUGAUUAAAAAAGGUCAAAGUGUGGAGAAAGAAAGGAGAGGCUCAUGAUCCAAAAACAUACAAGCUAAUCUGUGUGAAUCAUGGUUGUGGUAGCAGCAUGGCUUGUACUUUUAUUAUUGGUUAUGGGAAAGACUCCCUAAUGUAUUUACAGAGAAAUGCAUCCAAAUUCAAUACGGCCAACACGACAGAGAACUAUACCGGGGAAAGGUUUUUAGACUGGCCAAGUCAAUCACUAGACCCUAACCAAAAUGGAGUAACAUUUCACAUCCGGAAAGGAGACUGAAGAGAGAAACUACCCUAAAACAAACAACAACUCUGUAGAAUCUGUGCUAAGAGCCUGGAAAAGCAUCCCAAAAAGAAGAAACCAACAGUUUGAUGAUGUCAGUGAGUCACAGGCCUGAUACAGUUAGUGCAAGAACAGGAUAUACAACUAAAUAUUAUUUCUUUUCAUUUAUUUCAAGUCUUAUUGGUUACUAUACUUUUGCAUACCUAAACAAUGAGUGUUCUGGUAUACAAAGGUUCUAUGUCUAGAAAACAACAACAAAAAAAAACUGAUAAAGCUGAAAACUCUUGUCUUAUAUUCAUCUUUUGAUCUCUUUGGUGUGUAGCAUAAACAAAUGAAUUGGCCUUUCUGUUCCAAUAGUUUCGGAGGGCACUAUAACUAUGUUAUAUUAUGUAGCUGGAUACUGAGAUCAGAUUUUUUAUAUCACAAAUUUAGCAUGGUAAAGACUUUCUUUCUAUUGACAUGACGAUAUUGUAUUUGAUCCUUUAAGGAAAGGAUUCAGCCUUUUUAAAUGCCCAGUGUGCUCGAUCACAUGAAUGUCAUAUGACUUACCAACUAAAACGUUGCAUUCACAUGCUCACUCAUGGUCACAUACUUAUUUAAGGAUUAGGUAACUUAAUUUCUGUAGUGAAGAUAAGUAUACACAAAAAUAGUAUUUAGUAAAUAGUUAAAAAUACGAAUAGUGUUGACAUCUUUCAACUGGUUCUAUGAAAGAGGAUUAUAUGAUUAAAUAUUUAAAAAAUACACAAUGCUUAAUAAACAUUACAUUAUAGAUUAUUCUGGGGGGGGGUAUAAUUAAUUACGUGAAUAGUUUAAUUAUGUGAAAGAUGUGUCUUAACCAAAUAAUAUACAGGAAGAACACACUUCCUGUUAAUAUGAGGAAACGACAAAAACAGAAAUGUAGUGAUAAAUACGACGGCUUGUUUUUAAUAAAAAUCCAGUCAGAUGUUGUUAACAAGCUAAACUAUGGAGAGAUCAAAUUUGUUCAGAGCUUACGUAAUCAAAUGACUAAAUGCUUCUGUCCAUUAUAUUACAAUUAUAAAUUACUCUGAGAUUAUGCACAGGACAUGACACGAUUAACCUUUAUACACAGACAUGGUAGACUGAAGGAAUAAAAUAAACAGCUGACAACAGAAUAAGGUUCCAAAGAAAUGCUUUAGAAUGAUUUAAACCCAAUACAGUUGAUAUUUCUGUGUUCUGAGUCAUAAGGAAACGAAAUCUGACAGGGUGGAAAUUCAGCAGAAUUUACUGAGAUAACGCAGUACUCAGAAGGUCAUUAAGUCUAUCAAGUAAAAGUGGGUUUUCCAGUCCUGUAGUGCUUGGUGCAUAAAAGCACAGCAUAAUAUGGCAAUAAAGAUACACAACAUCCAUCCAUC